GAGCAAACACUACAUUCAUUUGGUCUAUAGCCAGAGGAGGUCAAUGUGCUGACUGCUGGGGAAGACUCUAACCUACUUAAGCUCAAUCUCAUAUUAUAGACCUGCUCUAUGUCAAACCACUCCAUGGAGGGGAUUUACCUUAGCUCUCACUUGGAGAACAGCCUGCUCACAACCUUCUACAUUGUCAUCUUCAUCCUCUCAGUCCCGAGUAAUGCACUGGCACUUUGGGUGUUCUGCCACCGCAACACCAACAACACCCCUUCCAAAGAGUUUCUGAAGCACCUGGCUAUAGCGGACAUGUCUUACGUCUUGGUGCUCCCCAUGCGAGUGAUCUACCACAUGUCAAACAGUCACUGGCCUCUUGGUGAAGGAGCCUGUCGCGUGGUUGGUUUCCUGUUCUUUGUCAACCUCUACUGCAGCAUGUACUUCAUGACUUGUAUCAGUGUAGACCGUCUGUUGGCUUGUGUUGUACCACACAAAACUCACAAUCUGAGAAAUACCAGGAAUGCCAAAGUGGUCUCUGCAGUGCUGUGGUUCAUGGUGACUAUUUCCAUGUUGCCUGUCCUAUUCUCUAAAAACAAAGUGACCAGACAAAUGCAGAAUGUGACAGUGUGCGAAAAGCUGUACAUAGAGAAUUCCUCCAAUCGCACUGGUGCGUUGGUGUCCACUGCUAUUGCAUUUGUGAUACCUCUGGUCACCCUGAGCAUUUCUUACAUUCUCAUAUUUGCCAAAGUAAAACAGAUGACUUUUACAGAAAGGAUGCCUACUCAGCGUAAGGCAAUGAGAAUGGUUGUUCUAACUGUGGUUAACUUCUUGAUUGCAUUUGUGCCCUAUCAUAUCCACCGAUUUGUAUUUAUCCUACAGCAUGAUGACAUGUCAAGGUCAGAAUCCGAAAGACAAAUGUUGCAUUUAGGAAAUCGCAUCACCUCAGCUUUAACAUGCGUAAGUGGUGUGUUGGAUCCUGUCAUGUACUUCUUUCUGGCUAGAAAUUACCAAGAGACCUUGCUGCAGCUUUGUGGUAGAAACCCCAAAGAUGAGCAAUCUACCACAUGAUCGAACAAGAAAUGCCACAACAUCUUCUCAGCUGUGAACUACCAGACAUACUGAAACUCGGUAUCUGUAAAACAAGUAGAAGUAGAAAAGGUAUGGCUGAAUUCAUAUGGAUUCAUUCAGAAACUUGUUGAAUCCAUGACGUGCAAUCUGAUUCCUUCUACAACAUGUAUGAAUCACUAGUGUUUGUGUUUAUUUUACCUUUUUAUUCUGUCAACAUUUAUCAUUUAUCAAUUAAUUUAUCAUAUAUCAUUUUUUGCAUAUACUUUCAGUUGUUCAAAAUAUGAACAAAUAAA